CCCCCCCCCCCUUGUGCCAUCGAUCCAUCCAUCCACCAACACCACAAUUGGAUCCUCCCAUCUGGUUAUCAGUUGGGCAGAGCGCAGCAACCCGCCGUUGCCAAGAUGGCUGCACUGUGUGCUGGUAGCUACGGAUUGUCACAGCAAGGCAGCCUGAACGAUGAGAACAAGGAGUUGAUUUUCGUCAAGUUAACCGAUUCGGCGUUGCGAGCAAUAGAGGAAUUUCAACGCACCCAGGCAAAAUUAGGUACUUCCCACAACCCAUCGAUACAGUUUCUGCAGAAUGGGCAAGGCUUUCUAUCGUUUCCUUCCGGCGGCAACAAUGUGCAGAAGUUUAACUUCUCCAUUACCGACAUCGACACUGGUUCGAUCGAGUGCAUUCAGCAGGCCCAGGGCCAGCUACAAAAUAUGGGCCAUAUUCCACACAAAAUGCGGAUACACGCGAACGACGAUGUGUACGAAACUACGAGGCACAGGCUGGCGGCCGCUGAAGAAAAUCAAAAGAACAAAUGCACUAGGGAAAUCAAACCUAAUCAAACCGAUAUUGGGCGUAAAGUGAAGUUAAAAAACCCAGCCAUCCGUAACAUUCCUAGUAGUAAUGCAGCAGUUGUAAACAAACGUGAUUCUAUCUAUAGCAACAAUACUGUGAAUAAGUCAUCCUCCGUAGCAGCAAGCCAGCUAUCAUCUAAUAAUAGUGUUAAUAAUUAUAACAACUUAGCAACAUCACCAAAACUAGUAAAAACGAAUGGUCUGCAUCAGUCGUCCCAACAGCAACAGCCGCCUCAGCAGCAACAACCGCAACAGCAGCCACUGCUGCAGCAAAGUAAUCAAUCGCAACAACCAACUCAGUUGCUUCCGGUGCAACAGCCAAAGCCCGGUUAUCAGCAUACCGUUCACGAUCCACCUCAUACGCAGCAGCAACCCCAGCAGAAGCUAUCGGAAAAUGGGAACGUCCAAAAUAGGGUAGCAAAUGGGCGAAAGACUGCAAAUGCCGAUUACAUGAAGUGCAACAUAAAAGAGCGUCUCAUCCACAUGCUUGCAUUGAAGCCAUACAAGCGGCCAGAGUUAGCGGUAAAAUUGCAGCAAGAUGGUGUGCGUAAGGAAGAGAUGAAAUGUACUCAGCAAAUACUAAAAACCAUAUCCAGCAGUCGAGAUGGUGUGCUUAUACUGCACCGGAAUAUUUGGAACGAGGUGCAGGACGAUUGGCCUUUUUACUCGGAACAGGAUCGACAGGCGGUGAAGCGGAGAAGGCCUCAAAAUUUAACGCCACCGCUUAGCUCCGAUGGUGGCUCAUCGACUUCGGGGCAGAGUCCUUCCAGCACACACAACGGGAACAGUCCGCAAUCGGGUACCAAGCGUACUGUUCUGGCUGGUAGUGAAGAAAUCGGCUCGGCACCCACCUCCAAAAAGCCACGCAUCAGUCAUUACAAGAAAGAUACCAAUUCGGAUCAUACGAGUAGGCGCGGCAUUACAGAUUCCAGAGACAGUAGUAAUAUGAAUCCACGAUCGAGGGAACAAGAUGAUCACAACAAUCAUCACCACCACAACCACCACCAACAUCAUCAUCAUUCCAUACGUUCGUCGCACUACUACGGACCUAAUCUAACGCCUAAUGCCCAGGAAUCGGAAGAUGGUGUUAGUUUGAGUUACUCACUCGUAUCGAACGAUGUUGCCAAACGGAUAGAAUCGUCAGUGUGUGAGACGGAAGCGGAACGGGAACCAUUCGAUACCGGCUAUCUGGACGGUGCGCAGCAGAUGAACGGCGGGGGAGAAGAUGAUUUUGUGAACCAAUUCACGAGAAUAACAUCGGUUGAGCAACGGCGUAGAUACAAGACUGAAUUUGACAACGAAUACAAGGAAUACCGGCGACUGCACGAAGUGUUAGAGAACGCAUCCAGGAAAUUUGCUCAGUACGAAGAUGAUCUGCUUCACGAACCGAAGGAUACGCAACGAUACAAGGAGAUUCAAAUGAAAAUUUUAAAAGAAUACGAGAAAAGUAUUAAAAAUGUUAAAUUUCAACAGGACAAAGAACGGUUUAACUAUCUUCACAAGAAACUGUCCCAUAUCAAGCUACUCGUUCGUGAUUACGACACUUCGUUAACCAACGGUUCGUGCAGACCGCAGGAGAAUUACUGACGAUUGUUGAAACACAUGAAGCGUUCGUAUUUUAUAUGUUGAAAAAGACAAUAUUUAUUUCGACGGGAUUAAAUCAGUCAAUCAUCACACAUACACACUGUACGCUAACCACCACACACAAUGUACGUGAAUCUUCCGGAAAGAGCAACCAAUCAACAUUCGUUCAACAUCGUUUGUGCAGUUUUGCAGGCUUUAAAAGAAGGCAGUUUUUUUAUUACUUUUAAUGGUAGUAUGAGUGUGCUCAAGCACACUGGUUCACUGUUCGUAAGUAGUUUGGAUAAGAUGCACGGUGCUACAAAUUGUAUUUUGGACACUAUUGCACGUGAACUCUGGUUUAAGCAUUUACGACUUAAUGACGUGCUGAGUAGGAUAUUCUAAUCCGUUUCAAGCAGUCAUCCGUUUGCGGACAUAUGGCCCAAUAUGUCAACUGAUACAUUUGCUUUAUAUUUUACACUUUUUUUCUAGCUUCUCUUUGCAUCGUGCAGCUCAAGAAAAUUUAUUUGUUAAACAGUGUUUUGACUGAAUGUUUAACGAUGAAUUGGCGAAGAAUUACAAGCACAUUUGAUGGCUUAUGGAACACUCAUUGUUUACUUCCUUUUUCCGUCAUGUAUUGCUAUUGGAACGGCCUUUGUUUCGUAUCGGCGAGGUAUCUCAUCUUUCUUGGUGGUUUGUUAUUACUAGCAUACGAUACUACCUGGGCUUACUUCCACUUAUACCUCGGUUUGCCAGUCCUUGCCCCCCUUGGCAGUUUGUCCUGGAUGGAACCUGGAACGCAUAAAUUAUUUAAUAAACCCUUACUAACCCUCACAAACGGCCGAUAAACCUUUGUCAAAAUCUCGGAAACAUCCAUGGCAUGAUAAUUAAUGCAUAUAUUGCUUUUAAAUGGGCAAAUACUGCGCGUGUGAAGUUUCCACGAGUGUCGCCUAGAAGGUUGACACUGCGAGAAAGGCCAAUUCAUAUGAAGUGGAAUCAAACGUUAGUAAUGUUUUUUUUUGUACACUAUAACGCCGCCGCGAUGUAAUCGGUUUGAUCCGAUUUGGUGCGAUCAUACAAGCGCGGUUCGUGUCUAUCAGGUGUUGCAGCUUGCGUUACGGCAAUGAUGUUAUUGAAUAUUUGGUGGUACUGGAACUACCAACCAACACCGCGUGUGUGUGUUUGUAUUGGAAUGUACUGAUCCAGUAGAGAUACGUAUGAAGCUACAUAGUUAUAAUGCUCGAUUGAGGUUGAACCUGGUGCAGUAUGGAAUCGUACUGCAGGAAGUGUUUACAAUAACGUAAUUUUUAGCAACUAAGUUCACACAUGCUGAAAAAAAAGAACAGAAGGCAGGGUAGAGAGCAAAUCCUCUAAGUAAAGUAUCUUAAUUUCUGCUGCGCAGCGGCGCUCAUCAACGGCUUGGGAAUUAAAAAAAAGGUUAUUUAGUUAACUAGUGUUCCUUUUUUGUUUGUUCCGUUAGUUAAUUGGUUAUUGAUUGUUUAAACUGUAAGGAAUAUAGGAAAGCAAGCGUGUGAACGUUAUGACAAACAGUCAGUUAAAGUACGAAACACUAAAGUGACCGUUCGCCACCGCCCGUUUAUAGCAAAAGCACAGUUACAAUUAGCAAAAUAUUGAUUUAGUGUAGUGCAGGGAUACAUUGAGCAUUCGUGCAAACAUAAACAUUGUAUAUAUUCAAUGGCAGACGAUGACAUAGCGGAGUGACAUAGCGUGCAUCAGUAAUACUUUCUGGUAGUGAUAACGAUAAGUAAUACCAAGUGCAACACUAUUAGCAAAGUGUGGCUGUCAAUAUAAUGAACUUUAUUGUCGUACGAAUGAGGUGAAGAAAAGAUGGAAACAAUAAUCUGCAUAAUUUUGCCCCAAGUGCGCUCGCCAUUCGUUCAAUUUAAUUCUAGUUUCUUUUUUUGUUUUUCUUGUUGUACAUAAAUAUACCGAAUCAUAGGAGAAAUGCGGAGGAAUUUCAAAAAUUGAAAACAAAAAAAGAUAUUAGUGCCACACUCUGUAAAUGAGGAAAAAAUAAUACGCAUUACAUGUAAAUUACAUCGACCCGUAAUACAUCGUUUCGCAAAAAAAAACGCGAUGGAAGCAUCCGACCGUGCCGAAUACACAGUUGAGGGUUUAGAGUGUUUUGCAUUCGAUUGCCGCAAACGAAUGAUUACAUCUUGCUGGCAUAAAAGGAAAGGCAGGAAUAUAUCGCAGUUCAAUGAGGGAAUGGCAAAUUCAGCGACUGUUGGUAAAUCAUUUCGUGCUGCGCAUUGCAAAAUUAUUGGCAAAAUGUGUGUUGUGCCAUGAUUACUGUGGCCAGGAUCGGAUAAGAAGCGAGAAAUGAUAGUAAAAAAACAGCAAACAAACAAACAUAUGCAACAAGUUGUUACGCAAAGCAAAAUUGAAAACCAAAUCUCUCGGGGGCUGCAACGAAAAGGUUACACACAAAAUUUUCACGUAAAAUCAUCCAGCUAAACACCUUCUACGAACUCUAACGCUCCGACCAAUAGUAUGUAUCAGAUAAUAAGAUUAUCAGCACAACCUUGUUACCACAGUUUGAAUUUAAUUAUAAUUGAUAUUUGAUUAUACGUUCAAAAUUAUGUUGUUUUUUUGUUUCCUCCCGUUCAAUCACACAAUGAUGGCGACGGCAAGUUUUAGUUGGUUGUGUAAGCCAAGUAAGUAAGCUUAGACAGAAUUAAUUUGUUUCAAGUUAGCCACCUCAUGACUCAUUUGUGCAAUGUUAAAAUAAUCGUACGAAGCAAUUUGUUAAGUUGUAAAUUCGCCGUUCCGCUUACAUUACGAUAAGCAAUCGUUAUGUGCAUACAGUUAGUAAUGUUCAUUCUUUGGCCUAUUUUCCUAUUUGCUUUGGUUGGCGUGUUCCAAUUGAUUGCUGUUAUUGCAAUUGGCUAAUUGUGUUUAAUUAUUUAUUGUUCGAAAGUUUUAAUGUAUGUUUUUAUUAGGGGUUUCGUUUCAUUUUUCUUGAUUCUGCCAUUUACUGCACAACAACAACAACAACUACAGAAAAAAAACUAGUUGAACAUUUCCUUUUUUAUCUUGGAAUACGAGGAAAGUUUUGAUUUUGCGUCAAUUUAAAUAACACUAAUGACACUAAAAUGUUGCGUGCCACGUACAGUCAGAGCGGAAUGUUGGGGUAGAUAGACUUUGUACUAUUUGUAGAAGGAAUUGGAGAAAGGAACACGUUACUGCAGUCAUUUUAUUAGUACUGAAAAUGAGCUAUGAUAGCAAACCGACUGAAAGACGAAAACAAUGAAUAGCUAAUAAGUGAAAAAAGGAAUGACAAAAAGGUACGAAGAAAAAAUCACGCAAUCAAACAAUGGAAAACACAUUUCAAUCAAAUGUAGCUACAAAUGAGUUUUGCAAGAAAAAAACCCUCAAAAUACACAAAAGUUUCCAAGUUGCGCGCGUUCAAUGUUUCGAGGCAGUAAAGUUGUGCUUACCAAAAACUGCGAAACGAGAAAAUGGUUAAAAUUUGCAAAAUGUUUUAAUUUUUUGGGUUGGUAAAAAUGUGGUUUAAACAAACAAGCAGGUAUAAAACAUUUAGCAUAAAUUUCCACGUAAAAGAACACUACUACACACACACAAAGUGCCAAGAAUGCUUGAUUCUUGUUGGGGUAGCAAGACAUUCCCUCCUUUCUAUUGGUUCCGUCAGCUGUAACACACACCACGCGUUGCAGCGUUAAAUAAGAAAAAACGACUACAUUAAAAAAACCACACAAUUUGCAACGAUAUACGAAGUGUUUACGACGAAAAAAAUAAUCAAACAUUUACGUGCAGUGUGCGCCAAAAUUAUGGUAAAUAGCACAGUAUAGGCAGACAGGCUAGACAAAACAGUGACGAAAUUAAAAAAAAAACAACUGUGAGCGUCCACACUACGUCAGUCUUCGUGAAAAUCCUUCUCAUUACGCGUCCGUUUGUGUGUUGGGACUGUAGGGAUGAUAGUACUUUUAAUACAAUCACAUUGAAUAACUUCCUCCGUCUAUGAAUGCAGAAGCAAGAUAUACGAUUUACAAAGAAAAAGAAGAGAGAACCGACACCAGCUAAGCCGGCAGCCAUGGUCCAUCAUACACGAACAAAGGAUGUUACUUUCCGUACUUCUGCUCUGCAACCGAAUAUAAUUUGUUAAACGCAUUUAGUCCUUCCUAGUUAUCCGCCCGUUAUGAAUGGAGCAAUAGAAACGUAGCUCGUCCACAACAGCAUAAAUACAAUACAUGUAAUGUCCACACCAUCCACCAGUGUGUACAUUAACAAUUAAAACUGUACACUUUUGCGGUGCACCGAUGUGGUAAUAGACUGUCAACAAUAUAUAAGUGUAGCACGACUAGCGAUUCAAUUCAAUUGCAAAGACACAGACUGAUAAAAGGAAGAGAACACUGGAUGGGAGAAAAAAAAACAGAGGAAAAAUCGAGCGAUCAAUAACAGGCGUACAAAAUCAGAAGAAAAGUCCAAAUUGUUACACUUCACUGACGCGGAGAGCGUAUCAAAAUUGUGCCGAAUUGUAAAGAACAAAUGUUUUAAAAACAAAUCUUAUUUAAUCUUUCCUUCCAGUGCGUGUAUUGAAUUGUAACGAGAGUUUUCGGCGGGAACUAUGACUUGUCGAAUCCAUUUCCAUGAGGGAAAUUUGCCCGCAGUUUAUUGAUGAUUGUUUUGGAAAUAGCAAACAGUAAAAUUUACGUUGUUGGGCAUAAAUAUAUUGACCAAUGCGCUUAAAACGUUACACCAUAUGAGAACGCGUAACUCGACCUGGUCGGGAAUUACCAAUCAUCUCGUUUCGAAAACACCCGACCAAAUAUGUAAAUAUGUCCAAUUUUAGUCAUCCAUUAACGAAAGAGAAAUAGCCGUAAACGAUUGCUUUACCUGUUUAGCAACGAAAAUUAUUGGAAAGUUAUAGGAACCAGAUGAAAAAAAAUGCAACUGGUGUGAAAUAAGAGCAUUUCCGAAACCUUUUACCUGUGUUAAAUAACUUGUGUUAGUAACAAAACAAAACUAACGAUUUAAAACUCUCGCAACGACUUUUUGUGGUUUUGUUCGACUCUGUUGAAUAUUUAUCUUCAAACUCCAAAAGCAAAGAAGUCACACUUUUAACUUUCUUAUUAUUGCAAAAACAGUUUUACUUGUAGGGACAAUAAUGUUAAAGAGAAAAUCAUAAGAAAAUAAUUAUCCAAAGAGAAUCUUUUUCUCUGGUCUGUUAAAUUGUCUUCGAAUGUGCGCAGGAAUGUUGUACACUCAUGGUACUAAAAAUUAACAAAAGAAAUUUAAUAACCACACGGUAGAAAACAAAAACAAUCUUUUGUGCUUCCUUCAAUGUUUUUUUUUCUUUAGCAGAAAUCGCAAUUGACUUCCAAUGUUGCUACCAAUAAAACAAAAAUUCGCGACGUUGGUCAUUCGAAACACUUUAAACUGAUGUUUGCGCCCUCAGAAAAUCAUGUAUAUUAUGAACAAGCGCACACAUUUACGUAGCCUUUGAUACUUGCUUAAUAAUAAUACAAAAGUACGCUAUAAUGCUAUUUGACAAAACCGAAGCAUGAGCAAUAGAAAGCAAUUCGUAGCAAUCGUUGCAGAAUUAUUAGACGAUCACGCAAGGAUACAAACAACGGUUAAAGAUGAACCUAUAUAUUUAAAGCAAAAACCCGCUUCUUGAUGUAUACAUGCGCAUGCCUUUAACAAAACAAACAAAUAGUCAGUCAAAUCAAACCAACAAAAAGCAAAGCGAAAGGGGAAAAACACACACGAGCAAAGAACUGAAGCUGCUUCUUCUCUCAGCAAAACGCUAAACUGUAUCGAAACAAAUUAAAAAACCAAGCUCUAGAGCAUAAUGAAGUCCUAAAAACAGGCACUAGUGUGGACCGAAAAAGAGAAAAAGAUUUAUCAAGUCGAGCCCGUUGUAAAUAUUUCCUGCAAAUUGCCAUUGCGUGUUAGACACCUCAAAAGCUCAUGUGGGAUGGAAGAUUAUGAACAUAGAACCGAUUGAGCCAUUACAAAUCUUUAUUGCUUAUUACGAAACCACACUGCAAGUAUAGUUUUGCAGCUAUUACGGGGACCAAAAAUUGGCUAAAAGUUACCAAAAUUAGGAGAAACGCAGUACGACAAAGGAUGGCAAAGAAAAACAAAAAAACAGGAGGAAAUGUCUUAGAUUUCAUUCGAGCUGGUUCUCCAAUGAUUUUCGCCUCGUUACUGACAAACAGCAGCUACGUUAAUGUAUAAUUGGUAUGUGUUUGGUUAUAAGGUUAUAUGUUUGUUUAUUUGUUUUACAUUAAUCGCAUUGAAUUUGUUGUACAAUAAGAGAAAGUUCCGCAUGAUGUUAUAAAUCAGUUCGAUUUAAUUCGAUACUUCAACUAGUAAAUUGGAAUACAUAAAACAAACAGAAAUCAAAUUAGCAUACAGAUUAAUGGAUAAAAAAGAUAUUUAGAAAUCAGAGCAAAACACUUCACUUGAAGUAGUACGAAACGUUAAACAUUUGAAAAGCAAUUAAACGUCCUUUCCCUUGAAAAAUGAAAACCGAACUGAAUGAAACUGACGAUUACAAUGAAGGAAGCCCCCAUUAUCGCAAAAUCAAUAUAACACCACCAAAAACUUGCGCAAUUGCCUCGUUUAGCGCAAUAAUGACGGCAUUUUCUUUUCUGCACAAAAUGGAGAUAUAUUUUAACAAGUUUCAAUGUAGAAUAAACUGACGAAGAGAAAAAAAAAGCUAGGCAAACAUAUGUGGUGAAAGUUAAAAUGUGCUGUUAUAGAACAACAACAAAAAACUAAUCCCGGAGGAAAAAUCUUUUUUUUUAUUUUAACUACAAAAACAAACAUAUGGACGAAAAUGUGAACAAUUGUCUGAGAAAGUUGACCCAAAUAGAAAGUUAAGGAAAUAUUUACCGAACACAUAUUACACAAACCGUGUAUAUAGUGUAAACAACAAAUUAGAAGAAACAAAAUCAAACGAGAAAUAAGUAUUUUUAAAACACACACACCUACGUCAAAUCAAGUAAUCAAAUGAAGUGUAGAACAAAAUCAGCAAACAAAAUCGAUAAAUACUUCAAAAGAGAAAAGUUCAUCUGCAUUAGCCGUGGAAUUCGUGGCCGCUAGAUCAAGAGAGCCUGUAAAUCAGAAAAAAAUAGUAAUUCAAAAGAAAAAUUCCCAGUAGGCAGCUAGAAAGUUGUACGGACAUGUUCUCAAGCAAACAGAAACAAAUCGCGAAAGAGCCUUUUCCUCUCUUCCUCUCUCUCUCUACCUGUCAUUAGCGUGAGGCAGCGCUCUGGUAGCGAUCGAAUAAAACAAGAACAAACCCCAUACAAUCAUAUGAAGGUGCAUUAUCAACCUGUUGGAUUAGACAUGGCUAUCGAAUUUUGAUAGAGCAACCUUCAAACAGUGUCGCGUUUGUUUAGGAUGUCCGACUCCUGAUAGAGCGCUGGUUAGUAAAACAUCGCCGAGCCAAAGCCAUGUCAUUGUGUGCAUACGCAAUCAUCCUUUGCAUUCUCCUCUAUUUAUUACUUUGAAUGUUUGGAGACCUAAACGCUUUCAUACGUAAUAGUGCGCGUACUAUUUACAUUAAUCUUCCGUACUGAGGUGAAGUUAAGCGUUACCGAACGGAACCCAUAGUUGUAUCGAAAUAAGGACAGUAAGUGGUUUUUCAUGGGCACUAUGGUCGAUGUCCCCCAAUCACGAUACAAAACGAUGAUGCCUCUCAUUAUGAUUUGUGACUAAAAAAAGUGUACUUACUGAACAAAGCAAUGGUUAUGCGCAACAUCCACACAUUGCACUGUGGUGCGCGUACCGAUAAAACAAUUAACACAGAAUUGGGCUCGCCCUUCGUAGAAGCAUCCCUUGACUGCACACUGCGUUUGUUCGAGACAUACAUAAGUGUACAUUGGUUCUACGCUUCAAUAAUUCCAAAAAGAAAAGGUACGUUGUGACAAGUGUAGUAGUUAUACUCUUAGGAGCCAUUGGAAACAAAGGGCCGAAAAAAAGUGUCAUUAAGUUUUACCAAACGGGUUUUGAUUUCAGCUAACAAAAGACAGAUAACUAUCCGUGGAAAAGGAAAGGAAAGGAACGCGAAAAGAAAGAGGAAAAAAAGCAAAUUAAAGACUGACUUAUUUCUAAAACGUCUCUGUCCUAACUGGUACGAAACUGUGCCAGCAAACAAAUGUUUGUCGAAACAUUGAGUUUGUUCGGUUGUUCUGUCAAACGAUUACUACAGUUGCAGCAAUGGUUGUUGCUACGAUCAACGGUUCGUAGUAGUAGACAAUUUAGAUUUGUGUUGUUGUGUUUCACUACUACAGCUACUAAUGAGAUUUGAAACGUAAAAUAAUUGUGUGUGUAGUAGGAAGCGAUUUUGUUUUUCUUAGCUAAAGAAGAAGAAAAAACUACACGGAUUAGUUUACUAGAUACGAUUUUUAAACAAUUGCAAUGUAUGGUUGUGUUUCUUAACUAACUGUCAUCGAGUUUGGAACUUCGAAUAUACUCAGUGCUACUACUCGAACAUACCAUUUUGACAUGUCUCUAUCGUGUAUUUUACAUCCUUACGUGGUGGGACGCGCAUAGGUUCGUCAAAGAGUUCGUCUGAUAAAAUUAAUGAUUGUAUGAUUGGUUAGCAUAAUUGGAUUCUUCGGACUGAGGGUUUUGCUCUUAGCGGACACUAAGACACAGUACACGACAACAUACUCUCAUAGCAUGGUUUCGGGUGUUCUCUGGAAUUGCAUUCAGAUUGGAACAGUUUGCCAUAUUGGAUCAUUCGCUUUAUGCAUGAUCUUGAACCAUGUUCAUACCUAAUGCUCUGUUUCAUAUUGAUAAGUAGACACUGAACAACUGGUCAGACAUUCAUCAUCAAAUAAACGUGAGAACAACCCACUCUUGGUUUUGAGCACCAAAUGCAUUUUGAGUUCUAAAAAAAAUUGAUCAAUCUUUCUAGAAAAAGGUCGUUGAUCAUGGAGGCUCUUUGAUCAAGCUAAUUCAAUGUGGCCAAUCCUGUGCAACUAAAUGAGAGCAUACAUAUUGUCUUGAAGAUUCCCUUCACAAAAUGUGACUGUACCAACACACUUGCCAUUUCUAUACAGGUGCGCUGUGGUAAAGUUUUAAAAAUGAAUCAUUUCCUUUGAUCAUCUUUCAUUUCCGCCGCAUGAUUUAAGGGAUAUUGAUGGUGUAUAACGAUACAAAAAAAAACUACUAACCACCUUGAAAAGAUUCAUCUGAAGCAAACAGCUGAUGUCGUGCAUAUAUUGGAGAAAAGUUAACAAAACCACGGGCGAGGGAGUGAAAUACAUUUGCGUUAGAAAAUGCGCAAACAGCCACUAAUCAGCAAAUUAAUUGGUUGCUUCCGUAUAGGAAACGUAUCGCUAGAAAAGGCCUUUUGUUUUGCAGCCGAGGAUAGACAACCAUUACGACUGAGCAUAGAGAAAUAGGAGGAGUAUCCCACGGGAAUGUCGAAGUUAGUUGAGGAUCGAAUUGUUACAUCUUCAAAAGAAAAGGAUCAGCACACAAAAAACAUUAAUUACAGACAUGUACAUAAAGCAUCUAGAGGGUGAAAAGAAGAUCUUUUUGAGGUAACCGUAUGUCCAAGGGGCUCCAAGAUUCGAUAAUUCGAUUGGAAAAUUAUCGUCAUUUUGGGGGGAUAUGGUAGUAAACUAGAACCAAAGCUCCUCAUGUGUUGCCACCAUUAAUGUCACUAGUUUCGGAUUGACUCACUACGGAUUGUCCGUGAUUAAAAAGCAACCAAAGCGUGAAAAUUAAAAAACGAAACAUUACGAACCAGAUUGGUCAGUAUUUCCAUCAACGGCAUGAAUCGAUUACUUCCAACGAAGAAUUGACUCGUAUGACAGCGAAAAUGAAUAGCCCUACACACUCUUAACGCAAAACCACUCUCACAGGAGAGGAACAGUAAUAUGCAUUUUUUUUUUUGGGUUGUUGUCCGUGAAUAUGUAAAGCAAUCAAAAUAGUAAAACAAACGCGUAAAAGAGUAAAGGAAAAAGUAGAAAAGUGACCAUAACGUCCUCCAACGAAUUCAACAAUUUGCAUGCAUGUGUGCACGGGAAGUUGCGGGAAGUAUGUAGGAAAAACGAAACGGUGAACAAUUACAAAAGUAAGUUUGCAAAGUUGGUGUAAGUAAAGUAAUGAACCAGAGCAAACCUUUAAAUGGGAGGGUUGCCAAAUGGAUGAACAAUAAACCCAUAACAGAUGUAGAAAAACAAAAACUCUCGAUUGAUAAAAUAUUAAACAAUACACAACAAAAGAACCGUCAUACAAACGAGAGAUAGAAAAAGAUUCACCAAAACACUCUGUGUGUGUGUUUGUGUGGUUGGUGAAACGAAAAACCGGAAUGUUACGGAACGUGGUGUAAACGAAUCAAACGCUAAGCGUUUAAGUCUGACAAUGAUAAUGUUCGGAAGGAUUGGAUGCUAUUACUACUACCUACUACUACUACUCCUAAUACUGCUACUACACAACUACUACAACAACUACUAUUACUAUUACUUCAAAAACACUACUCUAGUUUUAGCAGUAAGAUGCAGCAAAUCAGCAAAACUGAAACAACAAAAAAACACACACGCAAAAAAAAAACAGAA